CGCCAUAUGUCUCCUUCAUUGUGCCCUGUCCCCUCUUAUGCUAAGCUAAACUAGCUGUCAAUCCACUCAGCAGCAUCACGAACUCUCCAGGACUCUCCAGGCUCCGCAGGCUCCCCUGCCCAACACACUAGACCCGCACAAUGGCUGUCCCUCCUUCAUACACAGACCUGGGCAAGGCUGCCAAGGAUAUAUUCAGCAAGGGCUAUGGCUUUGGAGUGGUGAAGCUGGAUCUAAAGACCAAAUCACAAAGUGGAGUGGAGUUCAACACAUCUGGCUCCAGUAACACGGACACAGGGAAGGCUGCAGGGAGCCUGGAGACCAAAUACAAGAUGAAGGAGCUCGGCCUCAGCGUCAACCAGAAGUGGAACACAGAUAACACGCUGGCUACCGAGGUCACCGUGGAGGACCAGCUGACUCAAGGACUGAAGGUCGCCUUGGACACGUCUUUUGUACCAAACACAGGUAAGAAGAGUGGAAAGCUGAAGACGGCCUACAAGCGUGACUAUGUGAAUCUGGGCUGUGACGUGGACUUUGAGGGUCCCAUCAUCCACGCUGCUGCCGUGCUGGGCUACGAGGGCUGGCUGGCCGGCUACCAGAUGGCCUUCGACACGGCCAAGUCCAAACUGGCCCAGAACAACUUUGCCCUGGGAUACAGGGCCGGAGACUUCCAGCUGCACACCAACGUAAACGACGGCACCGAGUUCGGCGGCUCCAUCUACCAGAAGGUGAACGAGGAGCUGGAGACAGCGGUGACUCUGGCCUGGACCGCCGGCAGCAACAACACUCGCUUCGGCAUCGCCGCCAAAUACAAGCUGGACAAAGACGCCUCUCUGUCUGCCAAAGUGAACAAUGCCAGUCUGAUUGGAGUCGGCUACACCCAGAGCCUCCGGCCAGGUGUGAAGGUGACUCUCUCCGCUCUGAUCGACGGGAAGAACUUCAACGCCGGCGGACACAAAGUCGGGAUGGGCUUCGAGCUGGAGGCAUAAAGAACAAAGAAGAAGAAGAAGAAACGCCCCAAACUACAUCACAACAAACUCCUCCUCCUCCUCCUCCUCCCUCCCUCACACCAUCAUGUAGCUUCUCUCUGGACUCCCUCACACCUCCUCCCUCUGUUCACACAUUUCAUGAGCAUCUCUGACAGUAAUAGUCGAGCCUCGGCAUCACGAUUAAACACCCUGAGAGGAGUUGAUUCUGAAACUGACGCCGUGUAGUUGUUUCUUGUGGUCAUUGAAGUGACACUAUUUAUUUCCUUGUAGCUCUUCGGUGUAAGUGUGUAGCUUCUGUACUCCUUAAAGCAUGUAAGAAUGAAACCGCGGAUGCAGAGCUGAAAGCUUAUUUGCUUGGUUUAAAAAAAUGGUGCUGAGUGUCUGUUUUUUAUUGUUUUGAGCACUUUUUGGCUGCGUCGUCAGACUGUUUCAUCCAUAUAAAUGUUUGAUUGAUACAGCACGUUUCAUGAACAUAUGACUGAAAUACUGAUUACAGGUGGUAAAAACUGAAGGAUAUUUAAAGAAAACUGCUGUUCAGAUGCUCCGAAAAUGAUCCUUUGUGACGUUCGGUAGGUGAAAUCAAUGUAGUGGAAUCUUCUCAUGUAGUUAGUUUGCAUUUCUACAAUAUUGUUUUCAUCUAUCUGUCUCAGCACAGCGGUCACGAAGAAAGAAAGAAAGUGAGGAUAUUUUGCAUCUGCUUGUUUGUGUCACAGCUGUUUGGUCUUGUUGCUCGGGGGCUGCACUCAUUGCUGUCAGCGCUCUCUUCUCCAAAAACAACCUCACACUCCUCAGAUCUGUACAUAGGAUACAGGCGAGUGACUCCGGUCAGAAACACUUCAUACAUAGGAUUAUUUAGGAGGUCGUUGUGUCCCACAUGACUGUCCUGUUUCUAUUUUGCUAAUCAUGCAUCAACGUGUUUUUUUUGUCCUCCAUCUAAUUGUGUUGUCAUGAUUACAAGGCGCAUUUUUCUUUGUCACUUAGACACAGUACCUCAUUUUUUUUCCAAUGUCAAUUAAGGGAAUUCUAAUAAUAAAAAAUAAUGUCUGAAAGUUGC